AUGUCCGGAUUGAAGACGACGGCAGUUGACCACUUCGAGUCUCUUGCCGCUAACUAUGAAGCGAGCACUGGCGGUGCCACCCGCAUGGUUGCCGUCCACCUUGUAUCCCUUGUCACCCCCUCCGUGGGCGAUUCCUCUGCCGUGAUCCUCGAUAGCGCAUGUGGCUCAGGCGUUGUUGCCGAUGAGAUCCUGAAGAAGUACCCUGCCGCCACCAUCCAUGCCGUUGACGCCGCCCCAAGCAUGGUCGGCAUCGCAAAGGCGAACCUCAAGGGUAAAGCCACCUCCGCCCCCGUCGAGUUCGGGGUGAUGCCCGGCGAGAAGCUCGAGUUCCCGGACGCCACAUUCUCCCACAGCUUCACCAACAUGGGCAUCAUGUUCUUCACCAACCCCGCCCAAGGCGCCGCCGAGAUCUACCGCACGCUCCGCCCCGGGGGCACGGCUGUCGUCACAUCCUGGUCGAAGCUGGGCCAUCUUGACCUGGUGUUCAGGCCAGCCCACGUGGCCGUUCGCCCAGAUGACGAGCCCGUGAAGUUCCCAUUACCGAAGGAGUGGGAAGACCCAGAGCACGUACGCAAGGUUCUCUCUGAUGCCGGCUUCAAGGACGAUGCGAUUGAGGUGUCGGCUUUGCCGGUGCAGUACGGCGCCAAGAGAAAGGAGAUGCUGCUGGAAUUCAUGAUGGAUAUGGGAGGGAAGCUUUUGAUUGGCGACUGGCCAGAGGCCGACAAAGACGCCUUCAAGAAGGCGGUAGCGGAGAAACUCGAGCAGGAGGCGAAGGAGUACACGAUGCUGAGUGGCGAGCCUGGAUUCGGGCUACCGAUGGAGGCUAUUGUGGUGGUUUGCAGGAAGUAG